GCAGUUUUUUUCUUUUUCCCCAAUUUGGUUGCUGGAAACAGGGUAAAUGGAUUUUUAUACAUAUUAUAACCUGUUCCUCGUUAUAUAUGGAAAUACAAGUAGAGGAGCUCUCACUUGACAGUAGAAUCCAGGUUUUAAUGAAAACGACAUCCAAGGCCUAGUUAUCUGAACACAGCAAGGUCUAAAGGGCACUUGUCACAUUAAGCAAUUCCAAGUCAUAUUUUAAAUUACUUCCUUUCAUUCCUAAUAUUGCCCCCUGCUCUUCUUGUUUUUAUGUAUUGGGUAUAUUUUAUUUUCCUCUCAUUCCCAUUUUUCCUUCAAAUAUUUCUGCAGCUCUCUCCUUCCUGCUUCCUCCUUGCUGUGGUGGCUGGGAUGCUUCUUCCAUGAUUUUUUGAAUCUAGACUGGGCUGUUAUCUGUGUUAAACCAAUCAGUUGCGACCUUCUCUUAACAGUGUGAAGUGAGGGGGUCUCUCUCCCUCCUUCUCCUUCCUCUGUGAUUCACCUUCCUUUUUACCCUGCCCUGCGGCGGCUCCGCCCCUUACCUUCAUGGACGACUCAGAGGUGGAGUCGACCGCCAGCAUCUUGGCCUCUGUGAAGGAACAAGAGGCCCAGUUUGAGAAGCUGACCCGGGCGCUGGAGGAGGAACGGCGCCACGUCUCGGCGCAGCUGGAACGCGUCCGGGUCUCACCACAAGAUGCCAACCCACUCAUGGCCAACGGCACACUCACCCGCCGGCAUCAGAACGGCCGGUUUGUGGGCGAUGCUGACCUUGAGAGACAGAAAUUUUCAGAUUUGAAACUCAACGGACCCCAGGAUCACAGUCACCUUCUAUAUAGCACCAUCCCCAGGAUGCAGGAGCCGGGGCAGAUCGUGGAGACCUACACAGAGGAGGAUCCUGAGGGAGCCAUGUCUGUAGUCUCUGUGGAGACCUCAGAUGAUGGGACCACUCGGCGCACAGAGACCACGGUCAAGAAAGUAGUGAAAACUGUGACAACACGGACAGUACAGCCAGUUGCUAUGGGACCAGACGGGUUGCCUGUGGAUGCUUCGUCAGUUUCUAACAACUAUAUCCAGACUUUGGGUCGUGACUUCCGCAAGAAUGGCAAUGGGGGACCUGGUCCCUAUGUGGGGCAAGCUGGCACUGCUACCCUUCCUAGGAACUUCCACUACCCUCCUGAUGGUUAUAGCCGCCACUAUGAAGAUGGUUAUCCAGGUGGCAGUGAUAACUAUGGCAGUCUGUCCCGGGUGACCCGCAUUGAGGAGCGGUAUAGGCCCAGCAUGGAAGGCUACCGGGCACCUAGUAGACAGGAUGUGUAUGGGCCCCAACCCCAGGUUCGGGUAGGUGGGAGCAGCGUGGAUCUGCAUCGCUUUCAUCCAGAGCCUUAUGGGCUAGAGGAUGACCAGCGUAGUAUGGGCUAUGAUGACCUGGAUUAUGGUAUGAUGUCUGAUUAUGGCACUGCCCGUCGGACUGGGACACCCUCUGACCCUCGUCGGCGCCUCAGGAGCUAUGAAGACAUGAUUGGUGAGGAGGUGCCAUCGGAUCAAUACUACUGGGCUCCUUUGGCCCAGCAUGAGCGAGGAAGUUUAGCAAGCUUGGAUAGCCUGCGCAAAGGAGGGCCCCCACCUCCUAAUUGGAGACAGCCAGAGCUGCCAGAGGUGAUCGCCAUGCUUGGAUUCCGCUUGGAUGCUGUCAAGUCCAAUGCAGCUGCAUACCUGCAACACUUAUGCUACCGCAAUGACAAGGUGAAGACUGACGUGCGGAAGCUCAAGGGCAUCCCAGUAUUGGUGGGAUUGUUAGACCAUCCCAAAAAGGAAGUGCACCUUGGAGCCUGUGGAGCUCUCAAGAAUAUCUCUUUUGGACGUGACCAGGAUAACAAGAUUGCCAUAAAAAACUGUGAUGGUGUGCCUGCCCUUGUGCGAUUGCUUCGAAAGGCUCGUGAUAUGGACCUUACUGAAGUUAUUACUGGAACCCUGUGGAAUCUUUCAUCCCAUGACUCAAUCAAAAUGGAGAUUGUGGACCAUGCACUGCAUGCCUUGACAGAUGAAGUGAUCAUUCCUCAUUCUGGUUGGGAGCGAGAACCUAAUGAAGACUGUAAGCCACGCCAUAUUGAGUGGGAAUCGGUGCUCACCAACACUGCUGGCUGCCUUAGGAAUGUAAGCUCAGAGAGGAGUGAAGCUCGCCGGAAACUUCGGGAAUGUGAUGGUUUAGUUGAUGCCCUCAUUUUCAUUGUUCAGGCUGAGAUUGGGCAGAAGGAUUCCGACAGCAAGCUUGUAGAGAACUGUGUUUGCCUCCUUCGGAACUUAUCAUAUCAAGUUCACCGGGAGAUCCCACAGGCAGAGCGUUACCAAGAGGCAGCUCCCAAUGUUGCCAACAAUACUGGGCCACAUGCUGCCAGUUGCUUUGGGGCCAAGAAGGGCAAAGAUGAGUGGUUCACCAGAGGGAAAAAACCCAUAGAGGAUCCAGCAAACGAUACAGUGGAUUUCCCUAAAAGAACGAGUCCAGCUCGAGGCUAUGAGCUCUUAUUUCAGCCAGAGGUGGUUCGGAUAUACAUCUCACUUCUUAAGGAGAGCAAGACUCCUGCCAUCCUAGAAGCCUCAGCUGGAGCUAUCCAGAACUUGUGUGCUGGGCGCUGGACGUAUGGUCGAUACAUCCGCUCUGCUCUGCGUCAAGAGAAGGCUCUUUCUGCCAUAGCUGACCUCCUGACUAAUGAACAUGAACGGGUGGUGAAAGCUGCAUCUGGAGCACUGAGAAACCUGGCUGUGGAUGCUCGCAACAAAGAAUUAAUUGGUAAACAUGCUAUUCCUAACUUGGUAAAGAAUCUGCCAGGAGGACAGCAGAACUCCUCUUGGAAUUUCUCUGAGGACACUGUUGUCUCUAUUUUGAACACUAUCAAUGAGGUUAUCGCCGAGAACUUGGAGGCUGCCAAAAAGCUUCGAGAGACACAGGGCAUUGAGAAGCUGGUGUUGAUCAACAAAUCAGGGAACCGCUCAGAAAAAGAAGUUCGAGCAGCCGCACUUGUAUUACAGACAAUCUGGGGAUAUAAGGAACUGCGGAAGCCACUGGAAAAAGAAGGAUGGAAGAAAUCAGACUUUCAGGUGAAUCUAAACAAUGCUUCCCGAAGCCAGAGCAGUCAUUCAUACGAUGACAGUACUCUCCCUCUCAUUGACCGGAACCAAAAAUCAGAUAAGAAACCUGAUCGGGAAGAAAUUCAGAUGAGCAAUAUGGGAUCAAACACAAAAUCGCUAGAUAACAACUAUUCCACACCAAAUGAGAGAGGAGACCACAAUAGAACACUGGAUCGAUCAGGGGAUCUAGGCGACAUGGAGCCAUUGAAGGGAACAACACCCUUGAUGGUAAAUUCUCUUUAUAUACUGCUGUCUGUCUAAGGCUAGUUCUAUUUUGAAGCCUAUGUGUUUUGUGAAAUACAAAAAAAAGUACAGAGAAAGAUCGCAUCCUUUUCUGGUAGGGGUUUUUAGGAAAAAGUAAGAGUUCUGACUCAUGUUGGGAUUUCUUGGGCCGUUAUUCUGCAGUGGUCAAAAUGGGGGAAGCAUGUCUGUAAAAGUGUUACUGAUAUGACUAACACUAACUGAUCUACUUUCAAACAUUACCUUUUUCCUCUCCCUCCCUGUUUAUGAAUGUUUUGCCCUUCUCUUACUAUUAUAUCUUGUUUUGUUUGAGUUUACAAAUUUUCAGAGUUUCCCUAGCUCUGGCACACACUCAUGAGGUUCCUGUCUCUACUCAUACUAACAAAUUGCAUGUGUUCACAGCAGGACGAGGGGCAGGAAUCUCUGGAGGAAGAGUUGGAUGUGUUGGUUUUGGAUGAUGAGGGGGGCCAAGUGUCUUACCCCUCCAUGGUAUGUCCUUCAGUCACCCCUAAGAUUGUCCUUGAGGAAGGAGGCUCCUGAGUGCCAGCAACUUGUCAAUCACGCUGAUCUGAUCAGGCCAGAGACUAACUAGUCUCAGCCACAUGGGGCUUGAGGGGUUCUGCUUUUAUGAUUAUUACCUCUUACGAGUCUGGGACAUGCAGCUGGUGAUCUGAUUCUCCAUUAUGUGCUGCUCUCCUUUCUCCAGAUUUGCUCAACUUUUUUUUGGGGGGGGGGUCUCCUUAAUCCCAACCCAUUAACAUUCUCUCUUUCUCUUUUUUCUCCACAGCAGAAGAUUUAGCACCACUAUCUCCGUUCCAUCUGGGCUUAUAUGUACUUUUAUCUUUUGGUGGUGAAAUUGACUGAUGAUUUUCCUUUUUCUUCGCUGGACUAUUGUGCCAACUGCCAGGCUGCCUCCUGCCCUUACAGCCCUAAGUGGCUGCCUUCUUUCCAUCAACUCCCAACUUCUUCCGGUGAAGUUUAAUUGUCCCAACGCCUCCCCCUCCUCCAUUUUCCUCCAUUUUUCUCCCAAGAAGCCUGACUCAAUUAUUUGCAUAUUUUGAGAAACUGCUGCAGAUUAGUUCUUUUUGCCAGUUUUCCCUGGAACUCCUGGCCUUUUGUGGAGGGAGGGAUGGAGAGAAUAGGAAUCUUCACUGGAAGCCGUGGGAAGAAUUGGAAGUUACAUGCUGUAUAUGCAAUGUCCAGCAGUCUGAUAAACUGAUGAUUCUUAAUCAAGAUUUUUUUCCUGGUGGGGAAGGGACUUUUAUUUUCUUUUAGAGAGGGGAAAGUGUGAGCUCUUCCCUUAUUCCUAAUGGCUAUUUUUGAAGCAAAGAAGGCCGGCAACAUUGGCACAUGCCACCUGGCAAAGGACCCUUGAGUAAGUGAAGGUCUCCUAGAAGUGGGAUUAAGAAACCUUGCCCUCCUCAUCUCCAAGGCAGGGACCAUCAAGAACCUACAAGACUCCAUCUCUUCUGCAAGCCUCAUGCCAACCCUGGGCUAUUGCUGCUGCCCCUUAAACACAGGCUGUCCUUAACCCACCUCUCCUGCCCUGUGAUAUGUCUGCUGAGUUGGCCUGGCCAUUUCCAAGAGGCUGUAGAAAGGGGAGGAUGUCAAGGAAGACUUUUGGUUGAGAAGGAGCAGAAACAUGUGUUUUUGGGAAGAAGAAGACCUCUAGGAGGAGCUAGUAGGAAUGUACAUGAAGCAAUUAGUCUGAAACUGGCUUCCCCACUCCCCUGUUUCUCCUUUUCCUAUCCUUAUAGGCCUGUCCCUUGCCUCUGCCCUGGAUUGGUUGGCAAACUAAAGGACUUGAUGUACAUAACUCCUGUCCCUUUUACCCUUACAAGGUGGGGAUUGCCCCUGGCUUUGCCUCUUCUUUGUGCCUUUGGCCUGGGGUGCAUCUCCUCCCGCCCUUCCAUGUGCCUUUCUUUGCCUCUGCAGUCUCAUUUCUCAUAAUUUUGCAAAUUAUAUUUUGUUGCUUUCUUACCUACUAUUAGCCCUAAAUAGCAGAAAGAAGAGAAGUGACCUAGAGAACCUCAGAUUCUUCAUUGAGGAUUGGUAUAGCCAUGAUUUCAGUUAUAGCAAGCUUUUGCUCAGCAGCAUAUGGGUGGGAUUUUGCAAAAAUCCUAUUCUGAUGAAUCUCAAAGUAAGGUUGGUAAGAGAAGUGAGUGGUGUGACUCUUACUCCUUAGGUGCCCAGAAUUUACCAUCAUCUCUGAAGGAAUUACAGGGAAGUGGUCUCCCCAAUUCUCCCCUCCCUCCAGUAUUGCCUCCUCUCACUUUAGCAUAUGUUAAUUAGCAGGUUGGGCUAGAGAAAUCAGCUGCUAUGCGGGUUGAUUAUUAUUAUUUUUAAUCCUUUUCCUUAUUUGCCUUCUACUCCCCUUAAUCUAAUCUAAAAGCUCUGUUCCAUGCAACUGGAGUUCUUUAUCCCUCUCUUCCCCUUCCCUUAUAUAUUGAGGCUAUGGGGUAGGAGAAAAGUGCACAACCCACCACCCCCUUUACUCAUGCAUUAAAAUUUCUUGUUUACCCUUUUCCCCCUUCCCAUUUCUUCCCACUUUCAUCUACCUUUCCUGGCAAAAAGGAGCCUUUUGUUCUCUCUGACCCUAAGAGCACACUGCACAGGGGAAAUUGCCCCAUCCAGACCUGGCUCCACUCUUGAUUUCUCUUGUCUUCUUCUGCUCUUUUCCUGGUGCUCUUUUUUCUCGGUGGGGUGUGGGUAAUAGAACAGCCAUGGGCUUUUGGGGACCUUUAACUUUUUUUUUUCCUCUUUUGUUUAUAAAAAACACUAAACAUUCAUUUCCAGAGAACCAAAAAUCCCACCUUCCCACCGAACACUACUAAGGGGCUUGUGUUCUGCUCCAUACCUUUUCUCCUUUCUUUCUGUCUUGUUAAUGCUUUUAAAAACAAAUGAGUUUUUUAUAUAAAUAAAGUUUUUAAAGUGUGUAUGUGGGGGGUCUGUGUCAUUUCUUCACUUCAAGCUGUUAUUUCUUCCCCGCUUUGCAUCUUUGUUACUUCCUUAUGUAUCAGUGUCCUUUCCAGAGCAACCAGAAGGAGGUUAUACCAGGAUUUAUUUUGAGCUCAGCCCCAACUCUUUAUCAAGCAACAUUCUUGUUAACUAUAUGUGAAACAUUUUUUCUUCUGAAGAUUCUUAAAAAUUGAAUGUGGCUGAAGUUGAACAUGGGAGCUUAUUGCUAACUUAGAGAUAGGAAACUGAAGCAUAAAGAAUUAAUGAUUUUAAUUACUGGAAUUCUUCUGCAACAUUUGACAAAACUAACAUUGAAUAAGGCCCACUGUAAUACGUAGCCCUCUUAAAUAUAACACUUAGGACUAGAAGAUUAGAAACUACCAAUCCCAACUACCUAAUAAAUAGGAAAAUGUAGGAUCAAAAGGCCCAUGUAUAUAAGUACUGACCACUGGGCCAUAAUGUUGCUUCUCAGGCUAUAUGCAGUCCUUUAGUCAGAAGUCAAUAGACAGGCCUAUUUAUUAAUAUUUUACAGACCGUAUUACCUGGAUUACCAGGGACUGUCUUUGCUGCAGAGACCAAGGGUUAAGAUCUAUGGGAAGAGACUUAUUUUUCUGAGGUCCUUAUGUCCUGUCGUAUAAUUGAAGACUCAAGAGAAUUUAUGUGAAAUGCUUUCUGUAUGCCCAAAUCUUUAGAUUAAAAUUAUAUAGCUGCUCCU